AUGCUACCCCCCCCCAAGGCAUUUCUGAGUGAAUCCUGUGACUCAUUGUGUUCUUGUGAAGAAAAAGAUGGCAUCCUGUAUCUUAACUGUGAGGAGAGAAAUAUCAGCAAGAUCUCCCAAAUCAAAGUGCCGUCAGCUCUACCUUUCCACCUCAAUCUGUACAAAAAYGACUUGGUGGAGUUGCRKGCAGAAGACUUGGAAGRUUUAAAGAAUGCCGUUUCACUUCAUCUCGGGGCUAAUAGCAUACAAGAGCUUGAACCUGGSGUCUUUAGUGCACUGGGCUCCUUGAAGAAGCUCCACAUCAACAGUAAUUUCCUGGUCAUGUUGAAGGAAGACACUUUUCACGGCUUGGUAAAUUUGGAGUUUCUCCAGGCGGACACAAACUUCAUCCGYGUGGUCGAGCCGGGGGCAUUCAGCAAACUCAUCCGCCUCAAAGUUCUGAUCCUCAACGACAACGYCAUCGAGUUUCUUCCCAGCAAUAUUUUCCGGUUUGUUCCGCUCACCCACUUGGACCUGCGGGGGAACCAGUUACAGACCCUGCCUUAYGUUGGCUUCCUGGAGCACAUUGGGCGGAUCAUGGAGCUUCUUCUGGAGGACAACGACUGGAUGUGCGAUUGUGAGAUCCUUCACCUGAAGAUCUGGAUGGAGAACAUGCGGGCCCAGUCGGCCAUUGGGGAGGUGGUCUGCAGCAGCCCCCAMCASCUCAGGGGCACCAUCCURGCCAAAAUCAAACGGGAUGUUCUCUGCCCYUCUCACGCYGAUAUCAACUUAGAGGAGCCUUCCAAGUCACUGGACAUGGUGGUCACUCCGUCUUCCAAAGUGGCAGAGAUUCCGAAGUURGAGGRCGCCAAGGAYGACGYAAAGAUUCCGACACCUGCUUAUGUUCCAGGGAGUCCUUGUGUGGAMCACUGUUCUUGUCACAGUCACCCUGUGGCUGGGUUUUUAAUGCAUUGUCAGGACAGAGGRAUUCAACGGAUUUCAGAUAUUGGAAUACUUGRGCAAAGCCCYACCAAGCUGGUGCUCACAGGAAAYAUGAUUCAGAGACUGUUGAAAUAUGACUUKGUCACAUAUGAYGGUUUGGAGUUAUUGAAUUUAGCCAACAAUCGAAUYGAUUACAUUGACAAUGAAAYUUUUCUCAGCUUAAGCAAUUUGAAAAAACUUUAUCUCAAYGGCAACAGAAUUGAAACCCUUUCCGCRACCAUGUUCAUUGGACUCCACAACCUUGAAUACCUAUAUUUGGAAUAUAACAUUAUCARAGAAAUUGUUCCAGGAGCUUUUAAUCCUUUGCCAAAUCUCAAACUCUUGUCUUUGAAUAACAAUCUGCUGACUAGUCUCCCAUUGCAGAUAUUUCGCAAYRUGCCCCUCACCAAACUGAACCURAGAAAAAAUCUGCUCAUGCACCUGCCUGUUAGCAACGUGCUGGACCAGCUUGACUCUUUAGAGCAGAUUUAUUUAGAGGACAACCCCUGGGACUGCAGCUGUGACUUAGUCAGUCUCAAACAGUGGGUUGAGAAGCUGAGGAAGGACACAGUCGUAGGCUCCAUUUUGUGUCACACACCGAGAAAAGUGGCGAAGGCUGAGCUGAGAGCCCUCAGAAACGAGUUGCUGUGCCCCGGCCUAGUGACCUACUCCUUGCCCACGGACGUGGACGAGAGCGCGACAACCACAGUGGCGACUGACGGCACUAGGAGCGGUUUCUUCAGCUCCAUCACAGACUCAGUUCCACUCUCCGUUCUGAUCCUUAGCUUGCUCGUCACCUUCCUCAUGGUCAUCUUCUGUUCGGCGGGGAUCGUGGUUUUCCUCGUGCACAGACGGCGAAGGAGGGUGAAGAAGAAACAGGCGGAGGAGCAGCCGCGGGAGAGCAGCAGCCCCAUCCACCUGCAAUACAGCAUGUACGGCCAGAAAACCACACACCACACACUGGSGCAGAGGACCGGAAGCACCSUGUACGACGAGCGCUCACACAGCCCCAUCRUCCAGAUCUGCCGCAACCCCACCUACUGCACUCAGCAUAAAGAAUAUGAGUCCGACCUCAAUGAACUGGACGAACCAAAGCACAUCUGUCGUAGCAUCAUGGAGACAGAGAAUACUUCCCCUCUCACAGGCUCUAAUUUGAAGUUCAGAGCUGUGACGUCCGACUGCCCAACUGAGUUCGUAACACUCGGAGAUGCGAGCUCCCUCUAUAAAAACAUACUAGAGAGGGAGAGGGUUAGGGAGCUGCAGCAGCUCGGAAUUACUGAAUACCUCCGGAAAAACAUGUCCCAGCUGCAACCAACGGUAGAGAUGCAGGUCCCAGGAUCAGGACACCACGAGGAACUGAAAUUAAUGGAGACUAUUAUGUUGUCGAGACCGCGGAAGGUCAUGGUGGAACAAAUGCAAAAUGAGUACUUUGAACUCAAAGCUAACCUACACACCGAGCCAGAUUAUUUGGAGGUUCUGGAGCAUCAAACUGCAUUUAACUGAAGAAGACAAUUCAUGGUUUUAUAUUCAACUCCAGAAGUGCCUUGUUCAAAACUGCCAUCUUAUGUUUUCAGUCGAAGACCUACAUAUCCCACAGCGGUCUUGGACAUACAAGUCAUUUGUAGCACAGAAUGUACUGUAUAAUUAUCCAUUUUUUUGUUAUUUUGUUUUCCUAUACAGUGCCAUGCAAAAGUAUUCAU